UCCUCCCUGCCUCGCCUCUCGCCCCUUCCCUGGCGCCCCUUCUUGCUUCUCCCCCGUCUUCCUUACUAAUCUUUGUAUUCCCGUUUGGACAGGAAGUGUGACAGUUUCUGGCUUGUUUUGACCCUCUUUGAAUAUUUGCAUCAGCAGCCAUACUAUUAUAAAUCCCUGAUAUUUCUCUUUCCAGCUAUUGAAAAACCAGCCCAACCAAAUGCUUCUACAUAGUAGGUAUCAUUGGCUAUAUUGGUGUGCUAGUCGUAAUUUGGAUUAUUCUUUCACAUAAUGAAUUCAAAGCUCAUUGCCAAUAGACCUAUCCCAAUAUCACUUUUAGAAAGAGCUUUGCUCUCAUGUCUGCAACAUUUCCGUCUGAGAUAGCUUAAGUGUAUCCCAACUACAAAGUGUCAGUUGCAGAGUGUCUGCCAGACACCUUGUAUAUGAUAAUGUCUCUAUGUUUUUUAUGGUGCUGUCAUUGCUGGGAAGAGUCUGCAAAAGCUGGAGUGAGCCCUGAGGUGAGAAAGGAAACUGUGGCAUAGCAUAGAGGUGAAUGUGACAAUGGCACUGAGUAGGGCCUGUCCAUGUCCUAUGUGAAUGGUGACUUUUGGCUGUUAGAAGACUUGUUUAAAGUAACUGGAAAUCCUUGGGAUGACCAUAGGCCAUGACCAUGUCUUAAAAUGACAAGAGUGGAGGUUAAAAUGCAGAUUGCUGAAUACUGUCUGGUAAUUGUUUUCACUCCUGUUAUGGGAAAGGUACUUUGAGAGGCUAUCUUCCCAAUUUGCUGUCCUUGUGCAGUGGUGGGCAUCUGUAGCAACUUCCACAGCUCUUGAUGUUAUCAUGAUGGAUUCGUGCUCCUCCUCAGGUGGGAUUUUUUAAGGAGAUAUACUGUGGUGUUUGUGACCUCUGUACAGUUGAUUUCCCCUACCUGUGCACAGGUAGCCUCAGUAGAGAUGGCAUGCCCUUCUCUAAUGCUUAAGACUUUCCCAAUGUGGAUUAUGCUGCCAGCCUUCUCCGAACCACUCUUUGGUCAUCUUUCUGCUCUUAGUCUUCCUAGGAAAAUGUUCAGGGUGUUGGCAUUGCAUUUGGUUGUGUUUCAAUACAGUGGGAUGCGAUCCUUUAAUUGUCUUCUCUCUUACCAGAAAUGGGCACAUUUUCAGUUUUUCUUCUCUCAUAUUUGCAGUGUCUUGAUAAUACUGGAUGAGAUGCAGACUGCAGAAUUUUGGCAGCUCUCAGGUGACAGAAUUUUGGUUGAUUGGCUAGUGUGAGGAAUGGUAUUUCCACUAUACCAAGCUGAGGUUUGUGUUGAGAGAAUGUCAUUAUCCUUUAGCUGUUCCACCUGCUUCCCCUGUGACAGAAGUGCAAAAGGGAGCAUGGUGCACUGCAGAAUGAUUUCAAAGCCUUUGCAAAAUGUGAGUAAUUUUCUUUUGUUCAGCUUUCCAAGAACUCUCUGACAACCUUAAGGGAAAAUGUCCCUUAAAACCAGUUCUCCCAUCCUGACAGUGAUUCUUUUCUGAAGAAGUAACCGAUGAUGCCACAGGUAAGUCACUCGUAGCUAGAGGAGAUGAGUUUGAGAGACAGAUGUACAUUUGUUCCUGUGUAGUCAUGGUACCUUCAUGUUGGAUUGAAACGAUGUUGCCUGGAUGGUAAUGCCUGUAGGUUUGGGCCAGUAAAACACCACUGCCCACUCUCAUUCUUUUCCUGCUACUUCUACACACAGAGUGAAUGGGUGGCAGCAAGCACAAAUGGAGGAGGGACCCUGAUGGUUUGCAUGUGUUAAGCAUCCAUGGAAUGUUCUCAGUGAAAAUGCCAUGAUGAUGGCAUUUUGUUCAAUUGUAGUGAUGCGUGGAUCAUGCUGAUGAAGGAGAGCUAUUCCUUGAAGACUAAUGCCCCUGAUUACUAAGGUUCUUGCUGUGUUGUUCUGGCAGUGCAUGCCUGCCUGAAGGGAAAACCAAGAGCUUGACAUUCUGUGCACAGAUGAAAAAUGAUGCAGGGAGAACAGCUCUUCAAGUGGUGGUGGGUAUCUAUAGGAGGUUCCAUGGCUGUUGAUCUAGCCAUGAUGGUUCCUUCUUCCUCCUCACUGAGAUUUUUAAAGGCACAUGAGGAGGUGGAUGUGAUCUUCGUGCUUCUGACUUCCCCUACUUGUGCGCUUGCACAGCUGCCCUCAGUAGAGAUGCUCUGUCCUAUUACACAGGGCUCCUUCUGAUUUGCACACAUACAUGGCAAAGUUUGCAGAGCAGCCCAGCUCUGGUUUUCUGUGGUACAAAUUUUCCAGUUGAUAUUGUGAGUGCACUUGUGCUUCGACAUUUGGUGUGGGGUUUUUUAAAAUUAUAAAAUCCUUGCAGACUGGAUUCAGAGCUGUCAUAGCUCUAAUCACAGAAUCUUUAAGAAGAACUCUUAACGUGCAGCUCCAUGGUGUUUCCAUCCAAAACUGCUGAGAAGGCACAAAGUAUUUAAGUUGAAGUUCAGGCAUCUGGGAAGAGUCUUCCAGACAGCGAAUGCCUUUGCAUAUGUUCCUUGUGCUAAUCGCAGGGUAAGGUGAGGAUGUGCAAAGGCCAGGGUCAUACUGAGAGUGGGGUUUAGAGCUGGGGCAUAUUCUUGUGGUGGAGCAAGGUCUGGGUAUUGUGGCAAUGAUUCUUCAAGUGGCAGUGAGUAGGGCAUGGGCUUGUGUCACUGAGAUAUUGACUGUGACUGGAGAAGGGUGUUGCUCAAGGGAAGUGGAGAUGCUGGGUAAGAACAUGGUCUGUGUUAUUGGGGAAACACUGGAUAAUGUUCAUGUAGCUGCAGAUCUCAUUUCCCACGGCAUGUCAUAGAGGAUGCCAGUAGGCAUGCGAAGGGGCCUGAUGCAGAGCUGCUUCCUUGGAAUCCUCUCAGGACCUCUAGAAGUUCUGGACAUCCUUGUACCCUUUUGCCCUCCAUGGUGUUCCCAUGUGAUGUGAAGACAUCUGCCACAGGCUGCUUUAAUAAUUUGCUCCUGAAUACUGUUGGUCAAACAGAAGGUUUUUGAAAUCUGAAUCACUUUGUCUACCUUCUCUUAAGCCCUCUUCAGUCGUCUCUCUUCUCAUCUCUUUUGCUAGGCAGGGGAAGAAUGCUCUCCUUAUUGAAAAUGUUGGCAAACCUUGCCUGUCAAUACAGUGGAAUGGGUUCUUUUAGUUUUCUUCUUUCAGCAAAAUCUCCCAUGCUUAUGAUUUUUCUUCUCCCACAUUGGCAAUGUGUUGUUAACAAUGGAUUAGAUGCAUAUGUCAAAAUUUUCACAGCUGUGUGCUUGCAGAGCUUUGGGUCAAUUGCCAUCAGUGUAGGGGAUGGCUUUUCCACUCUCUUGAGCUGAGGUUGACUUUGAGAGAAUGCCCUUGGUGUUCAGGUCUCCUUUCUGCUUCCCAUGUGAUAAGAAGUGCAUAAGGGAGCACUGUGCACUUUCCAAUAAUUUUGAGGCUUUUGGAGGACAUGAGAUUUUUUUUUUUUUUCUGUUGAGGUUCCUCAGAAAUGUUAAGGGAAAAUGUUGCUUAGAAGCAAUUCUCCUGUCCUGAAAAUGUUUUUUAUUCUGAAGAAGCAACCAGUGAUGCUGCAGGUAAGUUGAUGAUACCUAAAGAAGGUAUGUUUGAGAGACAGAUAUACUUUUGUUCCUGUUCAGUCAUGGUAUCUUCAUGUUAGAUUAACAGAAUGUAGCCUGGGUUGUAAUCUCUGUAGAUUUGGAGAACAAAGCUCCACUGCUUGUUCUCAUUCCUUUUCAGCUGCUUCCAGGCACAGCAUGAGCUGGUGGCAGCAAACACAGAUGGAGGAGGCACCUAAUGUGUUUGCGGAGUGGACAUGUUGUGUGUCAAGGAGAUGUUCUCAAUGAAAAUGUCUUUGGCUGUGUGACAGGUGGCUCAUGCUGAUGAAGGAUGGGUAUUCCGUGGGGACUACUGCUCCUGGAUACUCAUGUUCUCCGUCUGUUGUUCCUGUAUUGCAUGCCUGCCUGAAAGGGAAAGUAAGAGCAUGAUUUCAGCAUUCAUGUGGAAAAUGAGGCCAGAAGAACAGCUGUCCACCAAGGCACAUGAACAGUGCUCAGCAGCUGUGGUUGCCAUGUACAUUUUCAGCCUUUGUGGAGGACAGUUGCACUGGGCUGUGAUAGGUUUGAUUUCCCAAAUGAACAACGCCCUUGCAUUGUUUGGACUCAUUGGAGCCUGUUUUCAGAGAUAUUCAAGUACCUGGGGCCUGGUCUUGUGUUUCUGAGGGUGGUGGAUUUUGUUCUAAUGUAGAAGAGCUCUUCCUUGCCAUAUGGUUGCUUUUUUCUCUUAUUUGCUGGGUCCUCUAGUGGAUUGGGGGCAGACGAGUGUGGUCUUCAUCCAGAAGGGAAAGGAAGGUGAGAGGAAGUGGCAGUCUGUUUGGUUUGUAUAGACUGGAGAAAGGCAGGGAAAUUUUUCCCCAUCUGAAGGCAUUGAAGGUGGAAGGAAAUGAAACGGGAGUUCUUAUAAAGGGUAUUUCCAUGCUUCAUGGUAAGUGUAGUGUAGUCAUGUGGAAAAUCUUUUUGUAAAUGUAGAAAAGAAAAGAGACAAGGAUGGAAGCAGAAGAGAAUGGGAGGGAAGGAUAUGGAAGGCCAGACCGGGGAAGAAAAAAGAAGAGAAAGAAUGAGGAAAGAGACAAGGAAGAGAAGACCAAAGGCAAAGGAAGAUGGAAAGAAUGAGAAAGUGGGAAAGAAGAAAUCUAUGCAAGGAAAUGUAAGUAAGGAAGAAAGGAGGAAGGGUAAGUAAGGAUGGAAAGAAAUAUUAAACAAACAGACAAAUGUGCAAACGAAUGAAUGAUAGAGAUCACCAGCAGGUACUGAUAUUGUCUCUCCACGCUGAAUGGAUCUGAGGACCUCGGCAUCCUUGGUACUCAGGGACGCUGCGCAAGGUUUGAUGAGAAGCAGUGGGGAAGAGGAAUGAGGGCAUGCCAGUUCUCCACGGUGGGAGUGAUGUAGUCACAUAGAAAAUAUGUUGGUAAAGGAGACAAGGAAGAGGCAAAGAAGGAAGAAGAAAAGGGGAGGGGAGGUCAUGGAAAAGAGGAGAAGGAAGGAAAGAAGGAUGAAGUGAGGCUCCUGAGGCAAUUGGCAAGCUGUGAGUGGGGGUAAGGAAGACACAAGGAUGGAAAUAGAAUGAAAAGGCGACACAAGUACACAGCAGGACAUGAAGGAAAAGGGUAAGGAAGAGAAAAAAAGAAGUAGAAAAGAAAAAACAGUUGGAAAGAGAAGAGAGAAACAAAGAAAGAUAACUCAGGCAGGAAGUAAAAGACGAAUGUCUGCAAGUAAAAAGCAAGUAAGCAUUGAAAGAGGAAAAAGAGAGAGAGGAGAGGAGAGGAGAGGAGAGGAGAGGAGAGGAGAGGAGAGGAGAGGAGAGGAGAGGAGAGGAGAGGAGAGGAGAGGAGAGGAGAGGAGAGGAGAGGAGAGGAGAGGAGAGGAGAGGAGAGGAGAGGAGAGGAGAGGAGAGGAGAGAAGAGAAGAGAAGAGAAGAGAAGAGAAGAGAAGAGAAGAGAAGAGAAGAGAAGAGAAGAGAAGAGAAGAGAAGAGAAGAGAAGAGAAGGAAAAGGAAAAAAAAAGACAAGAGAAUGGAAGAAAAUAUUUUUAAAAAAAAGGAAAGAAAAAAAAGAUUGUAUGCAAGCAAAGAGCGAUAAAGAGAGGAAGAAAGCAAUAAAGAGGAAAGCAAAAAAGAAAUAAAAGAAAGGAGAAGGGAAAGAAGAGGCGAGCAAGGAGCUGAGCAGCGCAGAGGUGAUGAUGGGAGCGUGUGCGGCGGCGGAGCAGCACACGGUGUCGCUGCAGGCUCAGAAACGGCGGCCGAGCGGCUCGGCGGCUCCGCCCCGGUGUGGCGGAGAGCCCGGCUGUGAGCGCGGGGGGGCGCGCGGGGCGGGCAGGAGAGCCGGUGAGUCCGGGCGGCGGCGGGGAGCCGUGCGGGUGGCGGCGGCGGCGGUAGCAGCAGCGAUGGGCAAGUGGUGGUGGCCCGUGUUGCGGGUGCUGGUGCUGCAGGCGGCCUGGGCGCUGGUCGGCGGGCAGGUGCGGUACUCGGUGCCGGAGGAAGCCAAGGCCGGGACGGUGGUGGGGCGUCUGUCGCAGGACCUGGGCCUGGAGGCGGGCGAGGCGGAGGCGCGGCGGCUGCGGCUGGUGUCGCAGGGCCGGCGGGCGAGCGUGGAGGUGAGCGGGGCGAGCGGGGCGCUGGUGGUGAGCUCGCGGCUGGACCGGGAGGAGCUGUGCGGGAAGAGCGCGCCGUGCGCCCUGCGCCUGGAGGUGCUGGUGGAGCGGCCGCUGCGCGUGUUCCACGUGGAGCUGGAGGUCACGGACAUCAACGACAACGCCCCGCUCUUCCCCGCCGCCCGGAAAAACCUCAGUUUAUCGGAGAACUCACCUCCGGGGUCUCGGUUGCCUCUGGAGGGCGCGUCGGAUGCAGAUACCGGAGUUAAUGCACAGCUCUCGUAUACACUCAGCCCCACUGAACAUUUCUCUGUGGAUUUGCAGAGAGCGGAGGAGGACAGCGAGUCCUUAUUCCUGGUGCUCAGGAAACCUCUGGACCGCGAGACGCUUCCUGUGCACCGUUUGGUGCUGACGGCGAGUGACGGGGGCCGGCCGUCUCUGACGGGCACGAUGGAGCUGGAGAUUUCUGUGCUGGACGUGAAUGACAAUGCGCCGCAGUUCAACCAGUCGGUGUAUAAAGUGCAGCUGAUGGAAAAUACAGAACCCGGCUCAUUAGUGAUCAGAGUAAACGCCACGGAUAGGGACGAGGGAACGAACAAGAAUAUCUCGUAUAUUCUCCAGCACUUCUUCCCUCAGGAUGGAAGAGACGUUUUCGGGAUCGACAGAAACAGCGGGGAGAUCCGUCUCAGGGGUGAACUGGACUUUGAGGAUGUCGGUCUCUAUCGGCUUCAAGUGGAUGCGACAGAUCAGGGAAAUCCACCACUGUCGGGACACUGCAAGGUGGUGGUGGAGGUGCUGGACGUGAACGACAACGCGCCGGAGGUGUGGGUGACGUCGCUGUCGGUGCCGGUGCCGGAGGACGCGUCGGUGGGGACGGUGGUGGCGCUGCUGAGCGUGUCGGACCGGGACUCGGGGGCGAACGGUCGUGUGCGCUGCGCGGUGUGGCCGGCGGCGCCGUUCGGGCUGGUGUCGACGUUCGCGGGGUCGUACUCGCUGGUGCUGCGGGAGGCGCUGGACCGGGAGCGGGUGUCGGAGUACGAGGUGGAGGUGCGGGCGGAGGACGGCGGGUCGCCGUCGCUGCGCGGCCGUCGCGGGGUGCGGGUGCCGGUGUCGGACGUGAACGACAACGCGCCGGCGUUCGCGCAGGCCGUGUACACGGUGCUGGCGCGGGAGAACAACGCGGCGGGCGCGGAGCUGGCGCGUCUGUGGGCGCGGGACCCGGACGAGGCGGACAACGGGCGCGUGCGGUACUCGGUGUGGGAGGGUGGCGUGGGCGGUGUCGCGUCGGCGGGCGGGGGGUGGCGUCCGGCGUCGAGCUACGUGUCGGUGGACACGGAGAGCGGGCGUCUGUGGGCGCUGCAGCCGUUGGACUACGAGGAGGUGCAGGUGCUGCAGUUCGAGGUGCGGGCGGUGGACGCGGGGGAGCCGCCACUGUGCGGCAACGCCACGGUGCAGCUGUUCGUGGUGGACGAGAACGACAACGCGCCGGCGCUGCUGCCGUAUGGAAGUGGCGGGUCGGGGCCCGGGUUGUCGGGCGAGGCGGCGUCGGGGGCGCUGUGGGCGUGGGCGGCGUGGGGAGCGCCGGCGGGGCAGGUGGUGGCGAAGAUCCGCGCGGUGGACGCGGACUCGGGCUACAACGCGUGGCUGCGCUACGAGCUGUGGGAGCCGCGCGGGAAAGGCCUGUUCCGCGUGGGGCUGUACAGCGGCGAGGUGAGUACGGCGCGGGCGCUGGAGGAGGCGGACGGCCCGCGGCAGAGGCUGGUGAUCGUGGUACGGGACCACGGGGAGCCGGCGCGCUCGGCCACGGCCACGCUGAGCGUGUCGCUGGUGGAGGGCACCGAGGCGGCGCUGGCGGCCGCGGGCUCGUCGUCAUCAGGGGCGGGGCUACGUCUGUCGGAGGGUGGCGCGGCAGCGACAGGAGCGGCGGCGACGACGAACGUGUGGCUGGUGGUGGCCAUCUGCGCGGUGUCGAGCCUGUUCCUGCUGGCGGUGGUGCUGUACGGGGCGUCGCGGUGGGUGCCGCGGGCGGGCGUGCUGUCGGGGCCCGGGCCGGCGACGCUGGUGUGCGCCAGCGAAGUGGGGAGCUGGUCGUACUCGCAGCGCCAGAGCCGGAGCCUGUGCGUGGCGGACGGCGCGGGCAAGAGCGACCUCAUGGUUUUCAGCCCCAACUUCCCGCCGCCGCCCGGCCCCGCGGCGAAGGAGACGCAGCCGGAGCCGCCCGCUCUUCUGGACACGGUCAGUGGCCCUCCCUGCCUCGCCUCUCGCCCCUUCCCCGACGCCCCUUCUUGCUUCUCCCCCUCUCGGCCUUCUCUCUGCUCUGGCCCUUCUCUCUUGCUCCCUGGGCACGCGGUAGUGGGAGCCGGGCUGAGCCCCCGGGUGUUGCCGCACCCAGCUGAAGUUAGGGUCGGCAGGUGAUUUUUGCUGUUAUGGGUGUGAGUUGUUCUGUCGUCGGAUAAAUCCAGUGUGGCUCGCCUUGAGAGGUGCCACGCUAUGGGCGUUCGAGAUGCUCUUGCUUGCUCAUGUGUAGCAUUUUCACCGGAAAUUGCCGAAGGAAUGCAAGACACACAGGCUGUGCUGGUGACAGUCCUCCAGCCACUAUUUAGUUUUAUUAGUCUUAGUGACUAAGCAUGCACGAUGGACUUUUCUUGUUUUCUUUUUGCCGCUCCCUUGUUGCAGUAGUAAGAAGCAUAAACUGCUCAGGCAGACUAUUGGAACCCAGGACAGGUGUUAGAAACUGGCAUUUGCUUUUUUCUUUUUCGUUUUUCCUUCUCUCUUUCUCUCCCAGCUUGUGAGCUUUGUGUUCCUGGCUGGACUGGUGUUGUGAUGGGCAGUGGCUUUUUGACGCACUUUGAAUAUUUGCAUCAGCAAAUAUUAUAAAUAAUUAUAGCUAUUAUAACUAUUAUAACUAUUAUAACUAUUAUAACUAUUAUAACUAUUAUAAAUUCUUGGAAUUUCUCAUAUCAGUAACAAAAAAACCCCACAAAAGUCACCUACACAAUAGAUAACAUUUGCUACAUUGGUGUGCUUGUUAGCAUUUGGGUUGUUUUUUCACAUCAUGAAUUCAAAGCUCAUUUCCAUUAGGGCUGUUCCAAUAUCACCUUUAGAAAGAGUAAUGGUUCUAGGUCUUAAACAUUUCAUCUGAAAUAGAUUAAGAAUAUCCCAAAUACAAAAUGUCUGCUGGGGAGUGUCUGGCAAACACCAUGUACAUGAUAAUAUCUGUAUGAUUUUUAUGGUGUUAUCGUUGCUGGGAAGGGUCUGCAAAAGCUGAAGCAAGCCUGACUUGAGAAAGGAAACUGUGGCAUGUCACAGAGUUGAAUGUAGCAGUAGCACUGAGUGGGACCUGGCCGUGUCCUGUGACUUGGAGCAGUGGGUAGGCUUGUCUGCAGGAAUUGCACAUCCUUAGGAAGACUAUAGGCCAUGUCAUAAGAUGACAAGAAUGGGACAUAAAAUGCAGAUGGCUGAUUACUGUCUAAUGGUCAUUUUCACUCCUGUUUUGGGAAAGACAUUUUGAGAGGGUAUCUUAACAACCUGCCACCCUUGUCCAGUGAUGGGCAUGUAUAGCAGCUUCCACAGCUGUUGAUGUUGCCUUGGUGGAUUCUUGCUCGUCCUCAGGUGGGAAUUUUAAGGAGACAUGUGGAGGUGUGUGCAACUUCUGUGCACUUUACUUGCCCUACUUGUGCACUUGCACAAGUACCUUCAGUAGAGACGGUGUGUCCUCCUCCAAUGCUUAACUUUUUCCUAAUGUGGGAUAUGCUGCUAGCCUGAUCUAAAGCUCUCCUUGAUCAUCUUUCUUCCUUUAGUGUUCAGAGGUGAGGGGAAAAAGUGUUCCCCAUUUUCAAGGUGUUGGUAUUGCAUUUGGUUACAUUUCAAUAAAGUGGGAUGGGGUCCUUUAAUUGUCUUCUCUCUUACAAAAAACUGCCAGCAUUUUCUUUUGUCUUUUCUCAUAUUGGCAAUGUCUUGGUAAUACUAUAUGAGAUGUAGACUAAAGAAAUUUGGCAGUUCUCAUGUGGCAGAGUUUUGUGUGGUUGGCCAUCACUGUGAGGGGUAGCUUUUCCACUAUACCAAGCUGAGGUUCAUGCUGAGAGAAUGUCAUUAGCCUUCAGGUGUCCCACCUGCUUCUGCUGUGAUAGAAGGGAGCACAAUCCACUGUAGAAUGAUUUGAAAGCUUUUGCAGAACAUAAGUAGUUUUCUUUUGUUCAGCUUUUCUGGAACUAAUUUAUAACUUUAAGGGUAAAUGUCCCUUAAAAUGAAUUCUCCCAUCCAGACAAUGUUUGUUUUCUGAAGAAGCAACCAGUGAUGCCACAGGUAAGUCACUUCUAGCUGAAGCAGAUGAGUUUGAGAGACAGAUGUACUUUUGUUCCUGUUUAGUUGUGUUACUUUCAUGUUAGAUCAAUGCAAUGUUGCCUGGGUUGUAAGGCCUGUAGGCUUGGGCCAGCAAAGCAACACUGCUUGCUCUCAUUCCUUUCCUGCUGAUUCCAUGCACAGGGUAAAAGCGUGGCAGCAAGCACAAAAGGAGGAGGGACCCUGAUAGUUUUCUUGGAUUGGAUGGGUCGACCAUCCAUGGAAAAUGCCAUGAUGUUUCCUUCAUGGCUGGUUUUCAACUAUGUGAUGUGUGAAUCAUGCUGAUGAAGGACAGCUGUUCCUUGAGGACUAAUGCCCCUGAAUAUCAAGGUUCUUGCCAUAUUUUUGUGGCAGUGUAUGCCUGCCUGAAAGGAUAAACAAGAGGUUGACAUUCAGUGUGCAGGUGGAAGGUGAUGCAGGGAGAACAACUCUUCAUCGAGGUAUAUGAAAAGUGCUGAGGGGCUGGGACUGCCCUUUGCUUUUUCAGCCUUCUUGGAAGAUUGUCCUGCUGGCCUGUGAUAAGUUAGAGUCCUUGAAUGAAAGACUCCCUUGUGUUGUUUGCGCUCUUUGGAGCCUGUUUGCACAAAUGACCAAGUACCUGGGGUGCCAGUUUGUGUUUCCAAGGGGGUGAUGGAUUCAGUCUGAUGAACAUUUUCAGUGCUGCUUUGGGAAUGGUGUUGUGGGAAGGCAGUGCUUCAACGUGCUGUCCUUUUGCUCUAGUAGGCAUCUACAAGAGCUUCAACAGCUGUGGAUGUGGGCAUAAUGGUUCAUGUAAGGAGGAGGAUGUGAGUUUUGGACACUUGACCUCCCCUUACCUAUACACUUGCACGGGUGGCCUUGGUAGAGAUGAUGUGUCGCCUUGUCAGUAUUAACUCAUUCUCAUAUGACAUAUACAUGCCAAACCCCACACAGCAGCACAGCUUAGGUUCUUUAGGGUAGAAAUGUGAUGGAAAUCCUUGGGAGAGACUAUGAUCCAUGUUAUAGGAAGGCAAGAACGGGACAUGAUGUGCUUGUUUUGAAAACACAUGUCCAGAGUGAAGAAUUGAGGAUGCCUAGAGGAAAGCAUGAGGCAGGAUGAGCAUGGAAUGUUGUUUUGCACGAUCCUUUUCCAGGCUGCAUGGGUCCGUAGUUGGAGUCCUUCCCGUUGUUGAGAUAGUGUCUGGUGUUGAAAUGCCCACAAUGUCUUUUGAAGUUAUGAAUAUCUCCCACCAGAGACAGUUCCUUGUACCGCUGACGGCCUGACAUAGGCCAUGUGUUGGUAAGAGGGUUGAGAUGCAGACUGCUGAAUACUGUCUGAGGGACCUUUUCCAUCUUGUUUUGGUAGAGGCAUUGUGGGAGGGUGGUGCUUCAAUCCUUGCGCAGUGCUGGACAUCUACAGGAGCUUUCGCAGCCAUUGAUCUUGCCAUGGUGGUGCCUUCUUCCUGCUCAGGCAGGAUUUUUAAGGGCACAUGAGGAGGCGAGUGUUAAAUUUGUGCUCCUGACUUCCCCUACUUGUGCACUUCUACAGUUGGCCUCAGUACAGAUGGCAUUUUUUCUUCUCUCAUAUCACACAUGGCUCACUCCGAUAUGUGCAUGUAUGUGGCAAACCCUGCAAAGCAGCUCAGCUCUGGUUUUCUAUCGUACAAUUAGACAUAAGUUACGUGGUUUUAACCACAUUACAUCAAGUUGAUAUCGUGAUUGCGCUUGCACAUUGACGUUUUGUAUGUGUUUUUAAAAAAUAAUUAAAUCUGUACAUAGUGGAGUCACAGCUGUCAGAACACAAUCUUUAAGAAGAACUCUAAUUUGCAGCUCUGUGGUGUUUCUGUCUGGGAUUGCUGAGAAGACACAAAGUAUUCAGGGUGAAGCUCAGGCAUCUGGGAAGAGUCUGCCAGAUAGUUAAUACCUUUGCAUCCAUCCAUAUGUUCUUUGUGCUGAUCACAAGGGAAGGUGAGGAUGUCCAAGGCCUAGGUCAUGCUCAGAGUGGGGAUUAGAUUUGGGGCAUGUUCUUGUGGUGGAGCAAGGUCUGGGUGUUGUGGCAGUGAUGCUCUGAGUAGCACCAAGCAGGGUCUGGGCAUAUAUCGCUGGGAGAGUGACAGUGAGUGGAGAAGAGUGUUGCCUGAGUGAAAUGGAGAUGCUGGGUAGAACAGUCUCUGUCAUUAGGUGAGGACUGGACAAUGUCUGCUUAGCUGAGGACCCUAUUUCCCAGGGCGCAAGAUACAGGAUGCCUGUAGAGAACCUUGAGAAGAGGCCUGAUGCAGCGCUGCUUGCUUGGGAUUAUCUCAGGAACUCCAGAAUAUCUGCACAUCUGACCUCUAGAAGUUCUGGACAUCCUUGCACCCUUUUGUCCUCUGUGGUAAUCCCAUGUGAUGUGAAGACAACUGCCAGAGGCUCCUUUAAUAAUUUGCUCCUGAACAUGGUAUGCUGUUGGAGAAACAGAAGGUUUUUGAAAUGUGGAUCACUUUCACUUCUCUAAAGCCCCUUCAGUCAUCUUGCUGCUCACCUCCUUUCUUAGGCAGGUGAAGAAGUUUUCUUCUUUCAGCAAAAACUCCCAUCCUGUUGGCUUUUCCUCUUUCUUAGUGGCAUUGUGUUUGUAACAGUGGAUGAGAUGCAUAUGUUAGAAUUUUCCCAGCUGUCUGGUUGCAAAGUUUUGGACCAAUUGCCAUCAGUGUGGGAGAUGACUUCUCCACUCUCCUGAGUUGAGACUGACUUUGAGAGAAUCUCCUUUGCGUUCAGGUCUCCCUUCUGCUUCCCAUGUGAUAAGAAGUGCGUAAGGGAGCACUGUGCAUUGUCCAGUGAGUCAGAGGCUUUUGCAGAACAUGAGUGAUUUUUUUCCUGUUGAUGUUACUCAAAAACAUUAAGAGUAAACGUCCCUUAGAAACAAUUCUCCUGCCCUGAAAACGAUUCUUAUUCUGAAGAAACAACAAGUGAAACUACAGGUAAGUCAAGAAUACUUAAAGAAGGUGUGUUUGAGAGGCAGUUGUACUUCUGUUCCUGUUCAGUCAUGAUAUCUUCCUGUUGUUUCAACAGAAUUUUGCCUGGAUUGUGAUGCCUGUAGGUUUGAAGCAGCAAAACCCCACUGGCUGCUCUCAUUCAUUUUCUGGUGCUUCCAGGCACAGCAUGAGCUGGUGGCAGCAAGCAUGGAUGGUGGAGGGACCCCCCUGUGUUUGUGGAGUGAAUGUGUUGGAUGUUGAGGGGAUGUUCUCAGAGAAAAUGUCGUGGUGUAACCCUGGCGGUACUUGUUUGGCUGUGUGACAGGUGGCUCAUGCUGAUGAAGGAGAGGUAUGCUGUGGGGACUACUGCUCCUGGGUACUGGGGUUCUUGCUGUGUUGUUCAUGCAGUGUAUACCUGCCUGAAAGGGAAAGCAAGAGCUUGACAUUAAUUGUGCAGGUGGGAAAUGAGGCCAGAAUAAUAACUCUGCAUCGAGGUACAGGAAGAAUGCUUGGGAGCUGUGGUUGCCCCAUGCUUUUUUAGCCUUUGUGGAGGAUUGUUGUGCUGAGCCCUGAUGGCUUUGAGUUCCAGAAUGAGAGAUUCCCCUGCACUGUUUGGACUCAUUGGAGCCUGUUUUUAUUAUUUGUCCAGGUACCUCGGACUUGGGCUUGUGUUUCAGAGCGUGGGGCGGAUUCUCUUUUGAUGUGGCAGAGCUGUUCUUUGCCAGACAAUUGCCUUGCUCUGUUUUUUGCUGGAUUGUCGAGUGGACUGGAGGCAGAAGAGUGCGGUCGUCUUCCAGAAGAGAAGGGAAGGGGAGGUGAAGGGGCAGUCUGUCUGUCUGGCAUAGACUGGAGGAAAGCAGGAAGUUUGUUCCCCGUCCAGAGGUGUGGAAAGCGUAAGAGAAGGGGAAGGAGAGCUUUUGCCGAAGGGUAUUUCCAUGCUUUCUGGUAAGUGUGGUGUAGUCGUGUGGAAAAUCUUUUGGUAAAUGUGAAAAACAUGGAUGGAAGCAGAAAAGAACAGGAGACAAAGAUAUGACAUGCCAGACCACGAAAGAAUAUGGAAGAGAAAGAACACAAGGGAAGAAAGAGAAAAGGAAGAGAGGUCGAAAGAGGAGGGAAGAGAGGAAAAGGAAGAAGGGAAGAAUGGGAAGGGAAGCUCUAAAGGAAGGAAUCUAUGAAAGCAAAGAGCAAGGAAGGGAGGAAGGCAGGGAUGAUAGAGGAGAUUACCAGCAUGCAUUGACCUUGUCUCUCCGAGGUUAAUGGAGUUUAACAGCAUGCAGUGAUGCUAUCACUCUAUAGAGGAAGGUGGUGAGGGAGAGAAAGAAGGAGGAAAGAAGAGGAAAAAAACCCAAGGAAGGACGACAUAAGACAAAGUAAGAAAGGAAGGAAGAUGACAAUGAUGAGAAAGAAAGGAAGAAAUCAUAAAGGAGCUUACCAGAGUGCAGCUAUGUUAUCGCCAGUUGCUGAACUGACAGUUGCUUGACAGUCUCCACUUGCUGAACUGAAUUCCUCUAAAAGCCUCAGUCUUGGUUAGAGGACCGCGCUAAGGCGCUGAUGUGCCGUAAUUAGCACUCAGGCCUACGUUUUUGAUGGUUUCGCACGUGGCAUGGGAGGUGACUGGCAACAUACAGGUGGGUUAAAGACGAGAGAAUAAUAGAAGAACUGAAAGGGGAGUAUGGAAAUCGGAUCGGCAGCCAGAAAAGGAUAAGGAGAAGGAAGAAAGAAAAGAACAAAAGGAGAGAAGAGAAGAAAGCAGAGAGAGAAGGAAGACAAAGUAGAAAAAGAAGAUGAAAAGGUAGGAGAGGGAAAAGAAUACAGUAUAAAAAAGAAAGGAAGAAGGAAAUAAAGGUAUCUGUUCAAAAAAUGAGUGCCCAAGCAAAGAAGAAAGGAAGGAAGGAUAAAAAAAAGAAAGAAGAAAAAGAAAGAGGAGAAGGGAAUGGAGACCCGAGAGAGCAGAUAAGCAGAGAGAAAGCAACGGUGGGAGCGUGUGCGGCGGCGGAGCAGCACACGGUGUCGCUGCAGGCUCAGAAACGGCGCCCGAGCGGCUCGGCGGCUCCGCCCCGGUGCGGCGGAGAGCCCGGCUGUGAGCGCGGGGGGGCGGCGCGGGGCGGGCACGAGAGCCGGUGAGUCCGGGCGGCGGCGGGGAGCCGUGCGGGGCCCGGGCGGGUGGCGGCGUCAGAAGCGAUG